AUGGCUGGUACUUCCGAAGACCAACAAACCUUACGAGGUCGUACCGACGACAAUCCCAUGAAAGAAGACGAUCAACACAGUCCUAUCCUGGAAAAUGGCCUUGCCAAUCAUCAGAAACAACCUCACCAUGCCGUCGGUUUCUGGGACCCUUCCAUGAGAAAGGUGCGCGCCCAUGUCAUUCGACAGUGGCUUCGGACAAUUGUAAUCCUAUUCACAUUCAUAUUGACAGUGCUGUCUCUUUACUGGGCAGUACUUUUCCGAGCUGAAGAGAACCUCCGGUCUCUUACCAUUCACGUUGUCGACUUCGAUGGCCAAGUUCCGCCGUACGAGUCCGUUCAACCGAUCGUCGGUCCAACGGUGAUUCAAACGGCACAGCAGGCACUAGACAAACCUGGUCCGUCGCUGGGAUGGACGAUCCUGCCGCCCUCCGAUUUCAAUAAUGACCCCAUGGCUGUUCGAAUGGCCGUAUACGAUUGGGACAGCUGGGCGGCAGUGAUAGUCCAUGCGAAUGCGACAGCGGCACUUCAAGAAGCAGUCGCAACAGGAGACGCAAACUAUGAUCCCGCAGGCUCGGUGCAGAUCAUCAUACAAACCGCACGGGACCAGACCACCUUCCAAAGCGACAUUCAGCAGUACAUCACCCAGUUCACGGAUCAGUUCACUCAAGCAUUCGGCAAGACAUGGGGCCAGACCGUCAUGUCCAACACAUCUUUAAGUCGGGAGAACCUCGUCAGUGCAUCGUCGGCUGUGAACCCUGGAGUUACGCCGCUAAUGAUCGACCUACGUCCUUUCCGCCCGUCUACUGCGACUCCCGCGGUCACCGUCGGUCUCAUCUACCUCAUCAUCAUGGCCUUCUUUUCCUACUCCUUUUUCCUGCCUAUCCACUCCAAAUACAUACAGCCUCAAGGUCAUCCGCCACUAAAGUUCUGGCAACUCAUCUUUUGGCGCUGGAUUGCAACAAUUGUAGCCUAUUUCCUAAUCUCCCUUAGCUACAGCCUGAUUUCGCUAGCCUUUCAGCUCCCCUUCGGUGCCCCUCCCGCCUCGCCAACCGAGCCCGCACCGCCCACCGGCGCGACAGCAUAUGGACGUGGCACCUUUCCAGUGUAUUGGAUGGUGAACUUCGCAGGCAUGAUAGCGUUGGGUCUGGCAUGUGAGAAUGUCGCCAUGGUAAUCGGGCAGCCAUGGACGGCUUUGUGGCUCAUAUUCUGGGUCAUUACGAACGUGGCGACAUCUUUCUAUUCCAUCGACUUGGCUCCUGGCUUCUAUAGAUGGGGCUAUGCGUGGCCACUGCAUCACGUUGUCGAAGCGAGCCGACAAUUGCUAUUCGACUUGCACUCAAAGAUCGGCUUAAACUUCGGGGUGCUAUUCGCAUGGGGGGCGGUGAAUACGGCGCUAUUUCCGAUAUGCUGCUAUUUUAUGAGGUGGAAGACAGAGCAUGAGAAGAGAAAGGCAGAGAGGGAGAAGGAUCGGUAUGUUGUUGAGACUGAAGACGGGAAAGAAAAGGAGAUGAGAAAGCCCGAAGGCUCAAACCCACCAAUUAGGAAGAGAGGGUUCUUGAGAGGUCUUUGA